GUUACAACAAAAGGACAGUAAACCAAACAAAACCACCCAGAGAACCCAGACAGCUAACCAAUCAGGUGAAAGCUGUCCGUGUGACAGUUAGUACAGAGCAUGCGCAGUACGUUUUUUCUUUGGCAGCCACAACAACAUACUGAGGCGAUCCAGUCAGUCUCACCUCUCCGCUCUUAGCAGCAGUAUCAUCGUCCCCGCCGGGUCCGGUGGCAGAGAGGAUGGUUCAGCCGAAAAGCAUCCGGGGAUGCGAAUGACAGUGAUAAGAUAAUGGCCCUCGAUUUACGAAGGUUUCCGAAUGUGCGGCUAGUGACCAAUUGAAACGACAGUGGCAGGAAAACACUGAACCAUGUUGCUCUGAGUUGUGACCUGUGGUGAACGGGGGCGGAGGAAAAGCAGCAGCAGCAGCCGCCGCCGCAGGAGGAGGAGGAGGACGACGACAACGACGAAGAGGAGGAAGGGAGGCAUAGGCAGGCAGGUAUCUGCCACAGCUAGCUUUAGGUGACCCUUAGCCAGCUUAAAGCCAUGGGCAACACAGCCACCAAGUUCCGCAAGGCCCUGGUGAGUGGUGAUGAGGCCCUGGCCUGGCAGCUGUAUGAGGGAAACCCUCAGUUCAGGGAUGGCCUGGACCCGAAUGCAUCGUAUGGAGAGCAGUACCAGCACAACACGCCCCUGCACUAUGUCUGCCGCCAUGCCAUGACACGUUUGCUCAGGUCCUUCCUGUUCAGUAAAGAGGGGAACCCCAACAAGCGUAACGUGCACAAUGAAACGUGCCUCCACGUGCUGUGCCAAGGCCCCCAGAUCCUGCUGCUGUCAGAGGGAGCACUGUCACCACGACUGGCCCGACCCCAGAGGGAUGAGCAGCGUCGUGCAGACUCCUUGCAGUUGAUCCUAAGCUGGACUGGGGCCAGGCUGGAGGGAGGCCAGUUCGAGAAGGCCAAUGUCAACGCCACAGACAAUCACCACAGCACCUGUCUGCACUAUGCUGCCGCUGCGGGCAUGAAGAGCUGUGUGGAGCUGCUAAUCCAGAGUGAGGCGGAUCUUUUUAUGGAGGAUGAGGACAAGUUGACGCCAUGUGACCAUGCCGAGCGGCAUCACCACACGGAGCUGGCUCUCAGCCUGGAGUCACAGAUGGUUUUCUCCUCCUCUUCAGCUCAGCAGUCAAACACAGACGCACAUGGUGAAGGCAACCUGCUGCAAUACAAGGAGCCUUAUGAGGGACUAAAGCUUCAGGACUUGCGCAGACUGAAGGACAUGCUGAUUGUAGAGACGGCAGACAUGCUGCAAGCCCCCCUGUUCACUGCUGAGGCCCUGCUCCGAGCACAUGACUGGGACAGAGAAAAGCUUCUGGAAGCCUGGAUGUCAGACGCUGAUGGCUGCUGCCAGCGCUCAGGUGUGACCAUGCCCACCCCUCCACCCAGUGGAUACAAUGCUUGGGACACCCUACCCUCGCCUCGCACUCCCAGGACACCGCGCUCACCUCUCACUCUCACCCUCACCUCCCCUACCGACAGCUGCCUCACACCUGGAGAGGAGGGCCUGUCUAUGUGUGGAAUCUGUCUCUGCUCUAUCUCAGUGUUUGAGGAUCCAGUGGACAUGUCCUGUGGACAUGAGUUCUGCAGAGCAUGCUGGGAAGGGUUUCUCAAUGUAAAAAUUCAGGAGGGUGAUGCACACAAUAUUUUCUGUCCGGCCUUUGAGUGCUACCAGUUGGUGCCAGUACAUGUGAUCGAGAGUGUGGUUUCCAGAGAAAUGGACCAGCGGUAUUUACAGUUUGACAUCAAGGCAUUUGUAGAGAACAAUCCUGCCAUUCGCUGGUGUCCUGCAGCACGUUGUGAGCGGGCAGUGCGGCUCACCCGACCAGGCCCCGGCGACAGUGACCCACACAGUUUCCCCCUGCUGCCCUCCCCAGCUGUUGAUUGUGGCAAGGGUCACCUCUUCUGCUGGGAGUGCCUCGGCGAGGCCCAUGAGCCUUGUGACUGUCAGAUGUGGAGAAACUGGCUUCAGAAGGUCACAGAGAUGAAGCCUGAGGAGUUGGCAGGUGUGAGUGAGGCCUAUGAAGAUGCAGCUAACUGCCUGUGGCUGUUGACCAACUCCAAACCGUGUGCCAACUGCAAGUCGCCCAUUCAAAAGAAUGAGGGCUGCAAUCACAUGCAGUGUGCCAAGUGUAAAUAUGACUUCUGUUGGAUCUGUCUGGAGGAGUGGAAGAAGCACAGCUCGUCAACAGGAGGCUACUAUCGCUGUACUCGCUAUGAGGUCAUCCAACAGCUAGAGGAGCAGUCCAAGGAGAUGACUGUAGAGGCAGAAAAGAAGCACAAAAGUUUUCAGGAGCUGGACCGUUUCAUGCACUAUUAUACUCGCUUCAAGAACCAUGAACACAGUUAUGAGCUGGAGCAGAAACUGCUGAAAACAGCUAAAGAGAAGAUGGAGCAGCUGAGCAGAGCCUUCAUUUGUCGUGAAGGCACUCCUCCAAACACGCGGUUCAUUGAAGACGGUGUUUGUGAGCUGCUGAAGACUCGACGCAUCCUGAAGUGCUCUUAUCCAUACGGUUUCUUCCUGCAGCAAGGCAGCACCCAGAAGGAGAUUUUUGAGCUCAUGCAGACGGACCUGGAGAUGGUAGUGGAGGAUCUGGCUCAGAAGGUCAACAGACCGUACCUGAGGACGCCCUGCCACAAGAUAAUCAGCGCUGCCCGUCUCGUGCAGCAGAAGAGACAAGAAUUCCUGGCGUCAGUGGCCCGUGGCGUCGCCCCCAAUGAUUCUCCUGAGCCUCCCCGCAGGAAUUUCCCUGGAGGAUCGUGGGAGUGGGAGUACCUUGGCUUUGCCUCCCCUGAGAUGGGGAGUCGUCACUCUGCACCGGGAGCAGGAGAACGAGAGAGACAGUCGCAGGAUUAUGCUGACAUCCAGUACCGCCGCAGACACAGGCCACGGCGCAGAGGAGACAUGCUGAGCCUGCACAACCUUCGAAGCAGCAGCAACACGCCAGAGACCAGCAGGAGGAGUGACAACACAGGUCCAGAGAGAAGUGAGAGCCGCAGAAGAGCGCUGGGCUCGCUGGAUGAAGAUGACCCAAACAUCCUGCUGGCCAUCCAGCUGUCGCUUCAGGAGUCCCGCAGAGAGCGGGGCCUGGAGGGAGGCCUGGAGAGAGGGAUGGAGGGAAGAAUGGAGCUGGAGCGUGGACUGGACAGAGGACAGGAGAGGAGACCGGGUCCCAUUGGAGACCUGGGUGAUGUUGCUUUGCACUCUCUCAACACAGAGGGUGCCCCAGGAGUUAGAGGCUCCUCCUUCCCCGCUUCUCUCCUCGAUCCUCCUCGCCCCCCUAACAGGACAGACUCCACAUCCCAGCCUCCCAGGUCUAACUCCCUCCCCCUGCCUCCCCCGCCUCCCUCUCUCAGUGCAGAGCUGCUGGAGCUGGGAGAUAGCCUUAUGAAACUGGGGAACAUAACCACUCCUUAUGACCUGGACACAAACACAGAAGAGCAGCUCUGCUCCCAUCACACAUACAACCACAGUACACUCAGUGCUCCCUACACCAUCGAACCUGCUUACAGCGACUGCAGCCAUAGACAAGACCAGAAUGCACUGACGACCCCAUAUGUGCUUGACCACAUCACCAUCACAGAAGCUCGCUAUGACAGCAAAGAGCAGAGUUACUGCCACUCCAGUGGUUAUUUGGCGGAGGCUGAACACGCUGCCUCCUGUGCACUUGAAUGCACCCAAAACCCAGCUCAUCCCAGUUCAUAUAACCGGGAACACGUAGCCACGUAUGACAGCACCCCACAACCAGACAGCUCUUACAACCCCUGCCCAGAACACAGUAGUUCUUACACUCAGGAGCGUCCUGCUGCUUAUGCUCUCGAACGCCCACCCAAAUUAGAUCCCCAGCCCCCUGCCCAGUUGUGCCUCCCGUCUCCAGAGCUUGAGCCGGAGCUGCUGCUUUCACCGGUGAUCCCUCCUGGGGGCCCUUUCACCCCCAGUGACCCUCAGAGUCUGGAGCCCCUGGACCCUGUGGCCAGUGCCCAGCUGCUGGACAACAUCAUGGCCUGGUUUAACAACAACAUCAACCCGCAGAACAACCCCCAGAGCCUGGCCCUUAUCCCCUCCCCACCCACCACAGAAACUGACUCCUCCCCUGACACACACACAGAGACUGAAUCAGAGAGCCAGACUUCCAGGGAUGUGAUCCCUGCCCCAAUCUGGCAGCCCCUGGAGGGCGAGCCAGAGACGGACAGAGUGUCGGCGAGCCCCCGUCUAGGUGCUGCGGGCGCAGAGGGCCCAAAGACAUCAAGGCCCAGCAAUCUGGACCUGGAAAACAGGAAGCCUGGCGAGGAGUGUGUGGACACAGGGUGUGUGGCUGACGUGCCGCUGGACGAAGCACACACACACCCACGCUCGCACUCCCAGUGCGGAAACAGUCCCACACACACUGCCCCAACCACAGAGAGAGACUUAGACCUCAUUCUUCAGUUGGAAGGGGACCAGUCACCUGAGGAGUGGGAGGAACAAGUACACCUGGUGUAACAGCCACAGAACAAUGGAGAGUGAGCAUUGAGCCAAGUGCAGGAAGAGAGAGCAGAGAGAGAUAAAAGUGAAAGAGGAAAAAGACUGGUGAAACUAGAGAGAAACACCGAUUGAAAAAUAUAAGAUAUUACAAUGAUGCCUCAAUGAAAGAUGUGGGUCGUUGGAAGUUGUUUACUGUGUGUAUUAUACUGUAUCUAGAGAGGACAUAAAGCCCUGUGGACUUCGUCCAGUAAAAAUGAUGUCAUACGCAUUUUUAAGUGCUUUUGUCUGCUCUAAAAACAGACAUUUUUCUUUAAAACAAAUGAGUGUUUAAAACAGUACAUCAAUGGAAAGCUACUGAUAUCAUAACACAUAAGAUGCUGCACAUGUUUUCGUUUUCUCAUUUUAUUUAUUCCCCGUCUCCUGUAUAUGUCUUUUCAGUUUGUCCAGGGUGGAAGUUUUGAUGCUGCUGUUCAUGCUGAAAUCCAGACUUUUGCCUUGUGUGCCCAGACUUUAUCAACACACUGACCCAACCACGAGCCUCUUCAGAGCUCAUAGAGCCAAAUAUGACGAAAACUGUAACCUUGGAGCUCGUUUAGCGUACUGUACAAUCAGAGGGCCUAAUUCUGAUUUUUGGACCUUCAUGCACACUGUGCCUGCUUUGACAGAGAGCCCAGCGCACUACUGAGCUUUCCUUUUAGUAGGCUGCCAAGAAUGAUGAUACAUCAGUCUGCUCAGUAAAAGUCACACAUGCUUAUUUGGGUUUUAUGACAGUAAUGAUUCUUUGGUAAUACUCCUCACAGGGAGGUCAGAGGUCAGCAGUGCCCUCAAGAGUCAGUAGGAACUCAGCAACAUGGGUGCUUGUUAUCGGGGGAAGUGAUCCCUCUAUAUUUCCUGCUGUCUGCACCACCCAGCCACCCAUUCCAUUUCUCUUUAAUAGAGAUGUGCUUCGGCUCACUUUUCACAACACAGUUUCAGUGAGCAAAAGUCUUGAUGCAAAAUGUUAUACUGAUAAUUUGGGCCUCAUGAUUGUCAUAGAAUACAUCUCAUCACAACAUUUCGUUCAUCCAUGAAUUGUAUUUUAAAAUGAAGCAUCAAAAAAUUUCAUAUUAAAUAAUGCUGAGCACCAAUUCUCAACACAAAAAGUAUUUGGUGGUCAUGUAAAUGUAAUUAUUAAUGCUGUCAGUAAUUAUCUUUGUUUAUUAAAAAAUAAAAACAAAUAUUUAAAUGGACAUGCUUUUAUCAUACAGUGGAAUAA